AUGCAGGCGUUGCUUAGAAAGACGAAGAAAGUGGACAAUCCGCUCGUGUGGAUCGACUGUGAGAUGACGGGGUUAGAUGUUUUUGGUGACGAUCACAUUAUAGAGGUGUGUUGCAUUAUCACCGACGGAGACCUCAAUGUCGUAGAUGAAGAAGGCUACGAGUCUACAGUGUACUACAGCAAAGAGCGAUUGGAUUCCAUGGGCGAGUGGUGUGUUAGUCAACACAAUCUGUCGGGGUUAGUAGCCAAGAUCUUGGAUCAUCCGGAACAAACGCUAGAAAGAGUACAACAGGAAUUGCUUAGCUACAUUGUAAAGUACAUUCCACAAUCGCGUGUUGGCAUUCUUGCCGGCAAUUCGAUCCACAUGGACAAGAUAUUCUUGAUGAAAGACAUGCCUCGCGUAACAGACCAUUUGCAUUACCGGUUGGUGGAUGUUUCUACGAUCAUGGAGUUCGGCCGUAGACACAAUCCUGAGCUCAUGAAGUGCUGUCCGAAAAAGACCGGGCUCCAUACGGCAAAAUCGGAUAUUCUUGAGAGUCUUGCCCAGUUGAAAUGGUACCGUGACUACUACUUCAAAAACAAGCAGGAAACAAAGGACGUUGUCCAGGCCUUUCAAGAGGAGAAGAUGAACGAG